CUAAUUUACUAGUCCCACGCAAGUACUGAGAUACGAUUUAAUAGACACGUUAAAUUUAAAACAAUUUGCGCCAUCUGUUGGAUGCGGUGCUCAUCGGAGAGCAGGCAGACAUUUGCAAUGGCAGCCCCCAAGAAGGCCGCACUUUUCGUCUGCUUAGGAAACAUUUGCCGGUCACCUAUAGCGGAGGCAGUUUUCUUGCACGUCGCGAAGGAGAACGGUGUUGAAGACAAAUGGAGAGCCGACAGCGCGGGCACCGGAGAUUGGCACGUUGGCUGUCCACCCGACCGACGCGCACAGGAAUGCAUGAAGGCACACAACGUCCACAUGGAACACCGCGCCAGAGUGGUCGUUGAUGAAGAUUUCCACCAGUUUGAUUUCAUCUUCGGCAUGGACGAAAACAACAUCAGGGACCUCAAGGAAAUGGCACCGAAACAAUGCAAGGCUCAGGUUGGACUGCUUGGGAGCUACGAUCCCGAGGGCCAAGAAAUCAUACGGGACCCCUACUAUGACCGUGGCAGCGAUGGUUUCGAGCAGGUGUACCAGCAGUGCGUGCGUUGCUGCAAGGCAUUCUUCAAGGGACAGUGAACAGCCACCUCAGUCAAGCCGGGCCCUCUUGCGUGCCGCACGGCCUUCUUCGCGCUCCCGUUUCUUCUUCAUGUAACCCUCUACGUUGUCAAACCACUGCUUGUAGAGGUGACUUCUGUCCUGGGGCUGGCACUCUGUUAAUCAAAAUAAAGCGACUUUUUGUUGUUGCA